UCAAGCUUGAUCAUGUCAACACCACGGGAACAAGAGGCCUCCAAAUACCUCGAAAACCACAAAAUCUUAGAACUAAUGAACAACUUAACCAGCAUGCUCAUCUAUUACAGACCAGAGCAGCCAAGGGAAUUCCUGGUUUCCCAACUUGAGCAAAUGCAAGCAUCCAAACUUCAAGCAACUAGUAGUCCAUGUCUGUUUGAUGAUUCCAACCUGGAUGCAAUGUGUGGUAUCCUAGAUCCUACAAAUCAAGGGCACAUCUCUUAUAACCAGUAUAGAGAGGCACUAAAGACACUUGGCAUCCAGCAUUUCAAUGAGUCUCCUGAGGGUCUCAGCAAUGACAGGAUAUCACAUGAGACAUUUAAACAAGAAGCGAAGGCAUGUCUUCUGAAAAAUGCAGCCACAUUCCAGAUGUAAUUAUUCAACCAUUGUUACUGUCUGAUUAUUUUGUAAACAUAUUAAAUGUGAUGUUUUUAAUGCUGUCAG